CACGGCAAGGUUCCGGGCCAAACGGAUGGCGGUGCUGGAGCAAUUGUGCAGCAACGCGUCGUGGUGCUGAGCCUGGCCAGCAGACUCUGGGAUUAUAUUGCGGUUCGGAAGUGGCCACGUACGCUCCAGACAACGCCAGCAAUGACCAAACGCGUCGCUAGCAUGGAUGAUUGGCUACUCGGUGGCGCGAAAAAAGAUGGCACCGUAGUGACCACGAAAUCGGGCCGAACAUUCCCAACAGAUGAGCAUGAUUGGCGAUUCUUUUCGGAUUCGGUACCACAGACGUUAGCUACCGUUGCUGCACAAAAUUUUCGGAUAGUAUUUUUCACAAACCAGCGGGCUUUAUUUUCCGGUGAUGACCAGUCAAGCAUCGUUCAGGUUUUCGUUUCACUGGGCUCGUUGCAAUAUCGAAAGCCAUGCACGGGUAUGUGGGAGCAUUUUGAGAAGUAUGAAAAUGGCGGCAUUUCGAUCAAUCGACAGUGCUCAUUCUACGUCGGUGAUGCAGCAGGUCGCAUCUGUUCAUCGCUUCGUGGGAAGAAAGAUCAUUCGGCUGCUGAUCGAUUGUUUGCGCUGAACAUUGGAAUCAACUUUUUCACACCCGAACAAUAUUUCCUGAAACAGACACAUAUCGAAAAUUACAUUCUUCCAUCAUUCUCCCCGUCUUUGUCACUCGAUGCGAAACUUUGCCUAUUUGAACCAGAAUAUUUAUUUUGUCAUAUAUCUUCUGUUUUCCGCUGCCUUUUUAUUGGUUAUGCAUUUUCGCUGUUGGGAUUCUUUCCAUGA